UACACUUCAAAGAAAUUCCACGCGUUGAAUUGAAAUUCUUAUUUUUUAUUUUAAUGAUAAACGACGAGGCCAUGGCGAAGAUUGUGGGCACCGCUUGGCUGUGGCUGCCGCUGAUGUUGUACAUUAUGUUUGAUGUGAAUUAUUUUCUACGCACCGGUCUGACAGUGGGGCUGGGCUGGAUAAUGCAGAAGAAACACAAAGUGACGGAUAUGACAACGAUCUAUGGAGUGUGCACUACACAGGAUGUGGACAUCUUUAUGCGUCAUAUGAAUAAUGCGCGCUACUUGCGCGAACUGGACUUUGCCUGCUAUGACUUCUACACGCUGACGCGACUCUAUAGACGCGUGCGUCAGCGCGGCGGCAGCAUAAUGCGCUGCACCACCAGCAUACGCUAUCGCCGCUCGAUAUAUCUGUUCCAGCCGUACAAGAUAUGCACGCGCUUGGUGUGGUGGGAUGACAAGGCUGUCUACUUGGAGCAGCAGUUCAUAACGCUGAGCGAUGGAUUUGUGCGCGCUGUUGUCUUCACCAAGCAAUGCAUAACGGACUGCAGUGUGCUCGAGGUGUUGAGCACUUAUCCGGAGGUGGCGGGGGCGCUGCCUGAGCUGCCGGCGGAGCUGAAACUAUUUCUGGAUGCCAUUGAGGUUUCGAGUCAGAAGUUGCGCAAACACGAUUAAAGCAAUGCGAUGCGCGUAUGCGUAAUAUGUUACGCAUACGCCACAGCAGCCAAUGCAUACAUAUAUAU